AUGUCGGAGGUUGCCUCGGGGCUGGCCAGGCGGGCGUACUGGUUGUGUGCUAAGCGUGGCUGCAACGCUUGGAACUGGUGUGACAAGCGUUGGUCGUGCAAGGUGUGUGGCACCAGUGCUCCCCCAUGGACGAAGGAGUACCGUACCGACAAGGGCCCCCCGAGAGUGGACGCUGACGGGUUCGUACAGCAACCCAGGGGAAGGGCCGAACAGCGGGCUGCGAGGCGCUCGGCCUCCCAGCGGGCCCUCUCAGGGAGCACCGCGCCCAGCAGCACCCCCAACAGCAGGGCACGGCGCGUGCGACCUUGGGGAGAGGCCAAGUCCCAGUUCGAGGAGCUGCAGGCGCAGCUCGUGGCGGCCAGGGAGCGCGUCGACAAGCUCCAGGGGGCCUUGGCGCUCGGGCUCUCGGCGGACUUCCAGCGUGAGGCGGAGAGCGCCCUCCAGCUGGGCAAGGACCAGGUCGCCGCCCUUGAGCUGGCCGUCCAGGAAGCCCAGCGGACGGAGCGCCCACCUCACUCGGUGCUCCACAUCGAGGCCAACGCCAUUCAGAAGGUCGAGCGCCAGCUGGCCGCGGCACGCACCAAGAAGGAGAAGCUCCAACUGCAGGCGUCCGAGCUGCGCGAACUCAUCGCGGAGAAGCAGGAGCAGCUCUCGGCAGCCGAGUUGGGAGUGGAUGAGGUCGCGGGGCAGAUUGCCGAGCUGGAGGAUACCAGAGCCAAGGUCACGCAGCAGGCGAUCCAGCGGGCCAGCGCGGCCGUCGGAGGUGUUCCGAGCCCGCUUGGGGACGCAGUCCAAGGGCUGCUCACUCAGGUCGGCGCCCUUUCGGAUCUCCUCAAGCAGCACGGGUCGGAGCUGCCCCCUAGGUUUUCCGAGAUCGUCGGGAUUCUCAACACGCAGAAGGAGGCGGUCGCCGAGGUGCUCAGGCCCCGCAGCAGCUCGGCCAGGACGCGUUGGGGCGACAGCGUCGGGGACGAUGGCCUCGCGACCGAGGAUGACGACAUGCCGCUCGACAUCGUGGCCUCUGGGGGGCCCGCGGCCGCCCCGCCCGCUGCAGCCCCGCAGCCAGGGCCUACCGCGGCUGGGCCGCCAGCCCCGCGGGCCAGGGCAGCGGACGGGCCUUACGGCCCUGCAGCGGCCCGCGGCCAGCACGGGGCGACCCUGGGCACGUGGCCUCUGGCGGAGCCGUGCCUCGCCAAGGCCCUCGCUGAGCAAGGGGCGGCCCUCGCGGACAGCGACACCUUGGCGGCGGGCGGCGCCGAGCACCCUUGCCCGAGGGGCGCGGCGUGCCCUGUGUCGGGCGCUGGUCAGCGCGCAGUCCGCGUGGCAGCCGUCAUCGGCAAGGCGCCGAUGGUUGGCAGGGCAGGAGGCCAGCAGCUUCGAGCUGGCCUCGUCUUGUUCGGCUGCAACGGCAACACGUGGAGCAGGAGUUUUGAGGCCAUUGCGGCCUUCUUCAAGACGUGCAACUACUGGCCCGACGUGGAGGCGCUGCAGGAGACGAGGCUCCCGCAUGAGCGCCUGCCCAGUGCGGCGGCUCAGGCCCGCGGCCUGGGCUACGUGGCCUUCCUCCCCGAGGCAGCGCUGACGGACAAGCAGGGGCCCCAGGCGACCUCAGGCGCCGCGGCGAUCCUGGUGCGAGACGGCUUGCAGGCCGACGAGUCGGCGUUCUCGCUGCCCUCGGCCUUGCGGCACCGCCUCAGCUGUGUGGAGGUCGCCACCGCCUCGGGCCUUUGGUUCCUGGCGCUAUCUGGGCAUUUCCAGCACUCUGUGGGCCCGCGAGGCACCAACCUGGACUUGUUUUCGGCCAUCUCGGAGGUGACGGGCUUCUCUGCCGACAUCCCGUUUGUCCUCCAAUCCGACUUCAACAUGGAGCCUGAGCCCCUCGAGGAGUUGGGAUGGCCUUGGCGGUCCGGGGACACGUCCUGGGGCCCUCGGAGGCGACGUGCCAUGCCGAGGGCUGUGACCACCUCUACGGCUAGUUCGUGGCUUCAGCGGCGUUGGCAGCCUGCACGGCCUCCUGCGCCACCACGCUCGAGGGCUUCGGGGUGCACCCUCAUCGCCCUGUCCUGCUUCGCCUCCAGGAUGGUUGCUCGCUUCCUGGGCCCGAGUGUGGAGGAGAUCCCCAUCGACUGUGCGUCUACGGUCAGCUGUCUCACGUUGGGCAUGAGGUACGCGACGGCAGCCUACAAGCCCAAUGCCCAUCUCUGGGAGGGGAUCUACGCUUCGCUGGACGUGGACACGCUCAAGGCGGCCAAGGUUGCAGCUCACUGUACCGCCAGAGACGUGCUGGAUGGCAAGGUCACGGAAGCCUACCUCCACGGCAACGGUCAUGCCGACCGCUGGGCCAAGGCAGGUGCGGAGCUGCACCGCGCCUGCGCUGUGGCCAGGCGCGGGUUCUUCGGCAUGAUGGAGGUGGUGAGGGAGCUCUCAUGCUGGGUCGCGCAAGCCUCCCUCAUCUGGCAGGGGAUGGCCUUCGCCAGGUGCGGAGACGGCGCAGCCGAGCAGGAGCUGAUGGCGUGCACCCACUGCCCAGGAAGCGACGCGGACCGCGACGGCAUGUGCAUGGCCAGCACCAGGGGUGGCAGGGGACCUGCAAGUGCCGACCGUGUGUGCGGCCCCGCCCUGAGUGCUGGCAGUGUUGCGGUGGCUCGGCCUGAGCCAGCGCAGCCGAGGCGCAGCGUCGCGCCCAGGCUUGAGCUGCAGGUCGCUGGAUGGGCGCGGUACUGGACCCAGGCUCCCGAGGUCGGCGAGACGAUGGAAUGCUACAGCGAGUGGCUCGACCACUGCGUCGGCUACGUCACGCAGAUCCUGUCCCAGCCGCGCUUCGCCACCAGGCUGCGGGCGCGUGGGAGGACGGCCGAGGAGAUGGCCGAGGAGAUCUGCGAGCGGGCCUGGGGGACUGGCAUGCCUGCGAGGCGGGCCUACUACAGGUGGCGCCACACGCUGACGCGGUCGCAGAGGAUCGUGUCGGACUGCAUGCGGCGCUACGACGACGUGUGCCUGCGCACGUGGCUGGCCGAGCUGGGGCGGGAAG